CCGGCCGAGGCAUCGGCGUCGACAUGCCUCCCCAAAGAACCCUCCCUUCCGUGGAAGCCGGCGCGCCGAUGGUUGCGGCGCUAUUGCUGUGCCUGUGCGUGCUGCCAGUGCGCGCGGCACCGGCAGGAGCGGAGGUCACCGAGUUCCCGGGGUUCAGCGGCGAGCUCCCCUCCAAGCACUACGCUGGGUACGUAACAGUGGGGCAUGUACUGCAAAAGAGACAUAUGUAUUACUAUUUUGCCACUUCUGAAAGGGACCCUACCUUAGAUCCUAUCGUCAUAUGGAUAAAUGGUGGCCCUGCAUGUUCAGGGUUUAGUGCUUUUGUACAUUCAAUUGGACCAUUCACAAUAGAGGGCUCCCAGGUUCGUGUCCACGAUGAACCAAGAGUGAUGAAGAAUCCUUUCUCAUGGACCAAGAUGGCUAGCCUCCUUUUGGUUGACUCACCAGCAGGUGUGGGCUACUCUUACGCUGAUAAUGAAGAUGACUACGUAACAAAUGAUUCAAGCAGAGUAGUUGAUCUGUACAGUUUUUUAUCGAAGUGGUUUGCUGAGUAUACUGAAUUUCGGUCAAAUCCUUUCUACAUAGCUGGAUGCUCUUACAGUGGAGUGAUAGUACCGGUACUGGCACAGGAAAUUCUAAGGAGAAAUGAGGAAGGUGGAGUACAGAUAAAUUUCAAGGGCUAUUCGUUGUGUAAUCCAGCUAUUGACGUAGACAUAGAGAACAAUGCGCUUGUUCCUUAUGCAUUUCGAAUGGGUUUGAUUUCAGAUGAAUUAUUUCAGAGUUUGGUUACUACGUGCAAUGGAAAGUAUUGGAAUAACACCACUCCAACCUGCCUAGAGAACUUGAACCAGUUUUAUAUGCAAAUCAAAGGUAUUAACGUGGAGCAUAUUCUCUGCCCACCAUGUCGAUACAAGAUGGGUAUAACCAAAGAAGUUAUGGAAUAUGAUUCUGGUCAAAUGUUUGAGCGUCUUUCUGAAACCUCCGAGUAUGGUUUAGAAUGCCAUAAUCGAGAACUAGCCCUCGAGAAACUCUUUGGCACAAAACUGGGAGGAGAAAAACUGCAUGCCAAACCGAUUGAAGUAUCAGGAACAUGGAAGAGGUGCCCCAAGUUUAUCCGAUACACAAGGGAUAUUCUAACAUUAACAGAGUACCACCUGAACAUAACAUCCAAAGGUUACAGAGUGUUUUUGUAUAGUGGAGAUCAUGCCUUGCUUGUUCCUUUUUCUGCAACUUUAGAGUGGCUGAAGAAAUCAAACUACAACGAGAUCGAGAAAUGGCACCCUUGGUUUGUGGAGAAUCAGAUUGCAGGGUAUUCCAUUAGGUACGAAAAUAAUAUAUUAUUUGCAACAAUCAAGGGGGCUGGUCAUGUUCCAUCAGACUAUUUGCCAUUCGAAGCAUUUGUUGCCUAUCAAAGAUGGAUAGAUGGGGCUGAAUCUUUGUAG